AUGGACUUAAUGAAUAAAGAGUUGUCGGUGUUGACUGAGGACAUGGGAUUUAAGCCUGUGACUGUAUUUAGACAAGAUCCAAAGUUAGUAGCGGCUAUUGAUAAACUUUUUUGUGGAGAUCGACAUGAAAAGUUUCAUAGUCUUGUUAGAGGGCCAGUAAAAUUGCCUGAUAGGAAAUUAGAGUUUGAUGAAGUUCAGCAACUUUUGAAGCUAACAUCAAAGGAAGACGCGUUUUUAAAAAGAAAUGAAGCAAGGAAAUCUCUUAUAAGAAAAAUAGAAGUGAUACUUAGCAACGUCAACAAAAGUGCAGAGAGUGGUGAAACUCCCAAAAUGGUAAUCAGAAACCAGAGACUAUGGAGCAAUUGCAUAUAUGAUUUAGAUCGUGUUACAUUGAAAUCUUUCAAUGAAGCCAAAAAAUCAACAAUUACAUAUUCAAGCACUGAAGACAAAACUAGAUUCAAUAUAAUAGUUUUUGUCUUAACAAAAGUACAUGAACUACUAUUAAAAAAUUUGAUCGUUACAAGAAGGGAGCUGUUUUACCAGAACGUGACGAGAUUUCGUAAUCAGACGAACUUGGACAUAGCGGUUAGGGAUGUGUGUUGUUUGCUGGAGUCACCACCUUGGUGUCUUGGUAUUGUUGCUACUGCCAAAGGUUUAAUCGCGGGCCCACUUACAAUGCGCUACAGAGAUGGGACUGUAAUCGAUUGUACAACAUUAGGUGGCACUCUAAUACCGCAAGAUGUAGAAGGCAUACAGGAAUUUAAAUCGUCUGCGAAAUAUAUUUUUGUCCUAGAAAAAGAUGCCAUAUUUCAGAAGUUAUUGGACGAAGGAGCACUCGUACGAUUGGGUCCAGUUAUUAUUAUUACGGGUAAAGGAUAUCCAGAUGUGUGCACUCGUCAAUUGCUGUGUCGCCUCUGCAAUGAGCUGCAUUUGAAGGCGAUAGCGUUGGUCGAUGCUGACCCUCAUGGCUUCGAAAUUUUUCUUACGUACAAAUAUGGAUCCUUGGCUCAAUCGCAUCUUUCUUCAUCUCUCGCUUGUACUUCCUUAAUGCUGCUGGGAGCUAGCGUCCAGGACGUGAUGACUUUAUCGUCUAGUGAAGCAAGGCUGAAACUUACUAAUCUUGAUAAAAGAAAACUUGCAGCGUUACUAAAGAGGCCCUACCUACAAACUGAAACUGGUGCCCGUCUAAAACAAGAGGUAAAUGCAAUGUUGUCGAGUGGUAUUAAGGCUGAAAUAGAAGCAGUCGCAACAACUGCUGCAGCGCUGUGCGAUGCUUAUUUACCAUCUAAAAUUAUUCAAGGCGACUAUUUGGGCUAA